UGACGUAGAUAUCACGUGACCAGGAGUCGACGUGUGCAGAAGUCCUGCUAGUCUGGUCCUUGUUCCCGUCUGGGUACCAGCUUGCUUCAGCAGCGCAGCCGGUGGGGCCCGAGGCUAGGAGAAGGAGAAGGAGUCAGCUUGCCGGAAUUUUGCAGGUCUGCAGGUCUGUUGUUCAUAGCAGUACGCAGGGCUAGAAAAGGCGAGGAAGAAACUGACCGAAUCAGUACGGAAGUAGUUGUUUUCAAAGAAGAAUAAGCAGAAAAAAGAAAGGAAGAGGGAACAGGAGGAAGAGAGACAGAUACAAGAUGACACCCUGUCAAAAGAUUGAAGGAAAACCAGAAAAUGAGAGUGAACCAAAACUUGAGGAAGAGCCAAAGCCUGAGGAAAAGCCAGAGGAGGAGGAAGAGCCAGAGGAGGAGGAAAAAACAGAAGGAACUUUUAGAGAAAGGCUGAUUCAGUCUCUCCAGGAAUUUAAAGAAGAUAUACACAACAGGCAUUUAAGCAAGGAAGAUGUGUUUAGAGAAGUGAAUGAAUUAGACGAGAUAAGGAGAGUAAGAAACAAACUUAUAGUGAUGCGUUGGAAGGUUAAUCGAAACCAUCCUUACCCCUAUUUAAUGUAGUUUACCUUGAUUUUUAUUUUUUCUGAUGUUAACAUUACUUUCUUUUGAUUUGCGUUUUCCCAAUACACCUUUGUCCAUCUUUCUACUUUUAACUUGUUGCUAUUAGUGGUUUUAGAUGCAUCUCAUUGUUUAUUUUACUUCAAAGCAAUCUACAAGUCUUUGCCUUUUAAUAAGAGAACUUUACUCAUUUGUACAAAAAGAGGUUCCUGGCAGGAUAUAAAAUGAAAAAAGAAGUUACUAAGUAAUAUGUGAAUAUCAUAUUUUUAAAAAGGAAGAGUACAUUUAUAUAUCACAUAUAUGCACAGAAGAACAUGUGAAGGAUGAAAGACAAAAAGUACAGUCAGUGGUAGAAUUAUGAGUGAUUUUUUUAUUCAGCUUAUUUGUAUUUUUCCUUAUUCCUAGAAUGUACACACACUAUUGUUAAAAAUAAUAAAAGCUUUAUUUAAAAAAAGGAGUAAACAACAGUACUGAGUAUAUUUCUAAAGGCAUUGGGACACAAUAUUUAAUGGCAGAGUUUUAGAAGCAAAUGUAAACUCCAAAUUAUCACCAGACCACUUAGCUAGGAGAAUAAAUUUUACAUCAUUUCUCAUCUGCAAAAUAGAGAUAAUAAAGAACUUUCAGGGAUCUUAUGAGGACCGAACAAGGUAGUGACUGUGAACUGUAUUUGACAAGCUUUUGUUCCCAUCUGCUCAUGCAGGAUCCCAACUCCUAAGAGAUUUAUUUCAGGUAUUUUGGAGGGAGAAAGUAGUUCUCACCUGUGCUUAAGAACAAAUCCAGACAACUGUUAGGUGGGCACUACGUUUGUGUUUCUCUCCUGCUGUGCCUGCCUAACCUUCCAUCCUCCUCCCCUUGAUACUACCAUGUGUAUUGGGUAUUUCUGCCCCUUCAUUCAGGUUCUGUACUUCUCAGGCCCCUAACACUGCUGAUGUGUUAGAAAUCUCAAAUAGUGAAGCCCAACAUAUUUCUUUGGAACCCCCAAUGGACUGACUCUCCCGUCUGACCUCUACAGAAGUGGGGGAAACACCCAUCUCUUAAAUUUAGAUAGACAUUUAUGCAGGGCCACUUGGGCUGUGAUAUCUUAUUGAUACCUUGGCAACUUUGGGAUUUUAAUCACAGACCCCCUCUUCCCCAUAAGAUUCGGACACAAUGGGUCUCUUUGGGGGUGGGACCAGAAGAUAAGACUGAGUAACAGACAUUAUGCUUUAGUCAGAGUUGCUUAUGAGCCUAAAGAUUGGUUUUAUCUUCCUGACUCUUAUUUCCUUAGGGUGAGCAAUCUCUCCCAAAAGACUGGUGGCAGGCCCUCCUCACCAGCUCAAAAGAUACCCUUAGACCUGUGUAAAUUUUUAAAGGGAGGUUCAAGUAAGAUUUCGGGAUAUUCCCAUGCUUACUUGGAAAUGUAUGAAGUGCUGUGUAAGACUUACUGUGUAUGUAUAUCUGCAUCCAAAUCUUCAUAACUAUAUAUGUAUCUAUAUAUGUAUAUGUGGCUCACAGUUGUGCCAGUUGUAUAUUAUUUUUCCUCUGUGGUGCUCUUUUUGGGGCAAUUAAUCUCUCCAGACUAUUCUUCAAGGUUGCAACAGUCUGAUGGAUGCUGGUUGGUCUGGAUUCUGGCUGAAGUGAGAUGAGGGUCCAAAGACUUACUGUGCCACUUUUAUAGGAUGGUAUGAAUCCAACCCCCUGGCACUCUGAGGGGUGGAGCUGGGGCAGGAUGUGGAAGGGCUCCCCCAAGGCACACCCCUCUCCAGGGUUGUCUGACUUUGGUUUCUGUGUUCCAGCCUGCAGCAGGCACCAGACUCUUCUAGGCUGAAGGCCAGGCUGUCCUGGACAUACAUACCUGGAGGACAAGGACUGUCCCCAUUGCAGGUCAGAGCACUGGACUUCCUUUACCCCUUUUUUCCUUCACAAGGGGGCUUGAUGGGAACUUUUAAAGGAAAGAAUAUAACUUUUAAAGAAAAGAUUUCAAAAGUCACUAACUAAAAACAUUAGUUGUGAUAGUUUUUGUCCCAGCCAUGACUACUCUAGAUGCAAUCAGAUAACUUGGGAUUAAAGUAGAAGGGCCUGGUGGUAGGUGGAGGUGAUUUCAGGUAAUACACAAAUAUUUUAAGUUGUAAUAUUCAUGUAUUGAUAUUUAUUUGAAUGUGUAUUAAUGAAUACUCUCUUUAAGGCAAAUGAUAGUUUAGAUUUAGGGUGGUGUUAUAAAGUUUCCUUUUCAAAAAAGUACUCACAUUUCCUUUUCAAAAAUAUUCAAAUUAAAUGAGUCUGUUUGAAGACAAACAUGAAAUAGAACACAAUGUUAACAGCAAAGGUGGUAUAUAGAUAUGGCAAAAAUCAUCCUAGUGGGAAACAUUGCCCUAGCAUAAUUGAUUUAGGGAAUAACAUCUGGAAACACCUGUCAAGAAGUGUGCAGUCUGAGAUUUUACCCUACUUACAAAUUAACAAGUUAACAUUAACCUGCUACUGUUUAACCUGCUUUUGCUAUGACAGAAGACACUAGAAUCCUGAUCAGAGACUAAGGACAUUAUUACUCAUGGUAAAAGCAGUAGUAACGGCUUCAUAUUGGUUUAUAUCAGUUCCCCAUUAUCCUCAAGUCCCUUGGAUGCCUACACAUGCAGUGCACUGUGUUUUAGGAAAGAUACCUGAGUUUGGAGAAUUCAUUGCUUUCAUAGUAAGCAAAAGCAAGCCUGCUCUGUGUCCAGGGAAAGACGUUACCCCAUCCCUCAAAGUUGCUUGCUGCAAACACAACUCUGCGAAAUGGACUGCCUGCAUAAAGAGUGGUCAGGGCCUUACAUUCUUGGUGUACCCAAUAAGAACAUGCAGGGAUGCUCAGGACCCAAGGUGGAUUGCCUCUCCCAGUAACACUUUUCUCUGUGCAGUAAAUCUUAAUGUGAAUGGUAAGCCUUUCCUAAUAUCACAAAUUUUGAUUUAUAAUUCCAAGUUAAAGCAGAUAAUGCAUUGUACUGUAGACUGUAAACAGGGAAUUUGUAACUCUUUCUAGUUUUUGCUUAAAUACAUAGGAUUUUGAAUGAAUCCUAAUUAACUCAAUGAAAAGAACAACAAAGAAACUAAAAGUAAAUAAUCUAUGAGGAACUUUAAAGACAUAGCUACCAUGACACACAAAAUUUAAGAAGUAGAGGAGCAAAACCAAUGGAUUUAUCAAGGUGCUAAUGACAGGAGUAAUCUUAUGUGAAAUUUUUCACUGAAAAACUGACAGGAUUGUGCGUGUUUGUAAGGCAACCUCAGAUCCCAUAUACAUGUAAUCGCCACUGCCUCUAUAAAAGGAAAAGCCAAGAGCUAAGAGGAAAGCUGGUCUGUUCCCUCUACAGGGAAAGUUUCGAGAGAGGGGGAACCUUUGACACAUAAUGGUAUCCAAAAGCAAUUAUUUGAUAUUUUGACACCAACGUUUUGCAAGAGCCUUAGCAAAAACAGCUGCAUAAUUUAGUUGGGUAUGGAGCAUAUUUUCAUGUACUAUUGGCCAUUUAUACAUCUUACUUUGAGAAAUGUCUAUUCAAAUAUUUUACCUAAACACCCCCCUUAAUAUUUUCAAUAUAGUGUGGGUAAAGAAUCUAUUUAAAAGAAUGAGAUAGGGGCUUCCCUGGUGGCGCAGUGGUUGAGAGUCUGCCUGCCUAUGCAGGGGACACGGGUUCGUGCCCCGGUCCAGGAAGAUCCCACAUGCCGCGGAGCGGCUGGGCCCGUGAGCCAUGGCCACUGAGCCUGCGUGUCUGGAGCCUGUGCUCUGCAACGGGAGAGGCCACAACAGUGAGAGGCCCGCGUACCGCAAAAAAAAAAAAAAGAA